GUUGUAUAGAAUUCGGGCAAUUACGCGCAUGCUCUGUGUCUGGGGGAGUGAGGGGAGCAUGAAUGGAGCAAAAUGGCGGAUCAUGUGCAGAGCCUAGCCCAGCUAGAGAUCCUGUGCAAGCAACUUUACGAAACAACUGACUCAACUACACGACUGCAGGCAGAAAAGGCUCUGGUGGAGUUUACCAACAACCCCGACUGCCUCAGUAAAUGCCAGCUACUGCUAGAAAGAGGAAGUUCAUCUUACUCACAGCUGUUGGCAGCCACUUGUCUUUCCAAACUCAUUUCACGCACAAGCAAUCCUCUGCCCCUGGAACACCGCGUUGACAUUCGGAAUUAUGUUCUUAAUUAUCUUGCGACCAGGCCGAAGUUGGCAGCCUUUGUAACGCAGGCUCUUAUCCAGUUGUAUGCCAGAAUUACCAAGCUGGGCUGGUUCGACUGCCAGAAAGAAGAUUACGUCUUCAGGAAUGUCAUCGUGGACGUGACAAGAUUCCUCCAGGACAGUGUUGAACACUGCAUCAUAGGAGUAACGAUUCUGUCUCAGUUAACUAAUGAAAUAAACCAAGUAAGUGCUUCAGCGUUCUUCAGUGAAGCGGACACAACACACCCCCUCACAAAGCAUAGGAAGAUUGCCUCCUCAUUCAGAGACUCCUCGCUCUUUGAUAUCUUUACACUGUCAUGCAAUUUAUUAAAACAGGCAUCGGGCAAGAACCUGAAUUUGAAUGACGAGAGCCAGCAUGGUCUCCUCAUGCAGCUUCUCAAACUCUCCCACAACUGUCUGAACUUCGACUUCAUUGGCACUUCAACCGAUGAGUCAUCAGAUGACUUGUGCACGGUACAAAUUCCAACCAGCUGGAGAUCAGCAUUUUUGGAUUCUUCAACGCUGCAGCUCUUUUUUGAUUUGUAUCAUUCCAUUCCUCCCUCGCUUUCACCCCUGGUCUUGUCUUGCUUGGUGCAAAUCGCUUCAGUUCGAAGAUCUCUGUUCAACAAUGCGGAGAGAGCUAAAUUCCUGUCGCAUCUAGUAGACGGAGUCAAAAGGAUACUGGAAAACCCCCAGAGCUUGUCGGAUCCCAACAAUUACCACGAGUUCUGCAGGCUGCUGGCCAGACUGAAAAGCAACUACCAGCUGGGAGAGCUGGUCAAGGUGGAGAACUACCCCGAGGUCAUUCGAUUAAUAGCAAACUUCACAGUGACCAGCUUGCAGCACUGGGAGUUUGCCCCAAACAGCGUGCAUUACCUUUUGAGCCUCUGGCAGCGGCUGGCAGCCUCCGUGCCAUACGUGAAAGCAACAGAACCGCACCUGCUCGAGACAUACACGCCCGAGGUCACUAAAGCAUACAUCACCUCUCGACUGGAGUCUGUGCACAUCAUACUGCGAGAUGGCCUGGAGGAUCCCCUGGAUGACACUGGCCUCGUCCAGCAGCAGCUGGAUCAGUUGUCCACCAUCGGCCGCUGCGAGUACGAGAAGACGUGUGCUCUGCUGGUGCAGCUCUUUGACCAGUCAGCGCAGUCGUAUCAGGAGUUACUGCAGUCGAGUAACGCCAGCGCGAUGGACAUUGCAGUGCAGGAAGGCUCAGGGCGAUUGACCUGGUUGGUGUACAUCAUCGGCGCUGUGAUCGGAGGGAGAGUUUCUUUUGCGAGUACUGAUGAACAAGAUGCAAUGGAUGGAGAGCUUGUCUGUCGAGUACUGCAGCUGAUGAAUCUGACAGACUCUCGUCUUGCUCAGGCAGGAAAUGAAAAACUGGAACUGGCCAUGCUCAGCUUUUUCGAACAGUUCCGGAAAAUUUACAUCGGAGACCAGGUGCAAAAAUCCUCUAAGCUUUAUCGGCGUCUGUCUGAGGUUCUGGGGCUGAAUGACGAGACGAUGGUCCUGAGUGUGUUCAUUGGGAAAAUAAUCACCAACCUGAAAUAUUGGGGACGAUGUGAACCUAUCACCUCCAAGACUCUGCAGCUUCUCAAUGAUCUGUCUAUUGGUUAUAGCAGUGUUAGAAAACUAGUGAAACUCAGCGCCGUUCAGUUCAUGCUGAAUAACCACACUAGUGAGCACUUCUCAUUUCUGGGCAUUAACAAUCAAUCAAACUUGAGUGACAUGCGCUGCCGCACCACCUUCUACACAGCCUUGGGAAGGCUGCUCAUGGUGGAUUUAGGUAACGGAGAAGAUGAGGAUCAAUUUGAACAGUUCAUGCUUCCUUUAACGGCAGCGUUCGAAACUGUGGCCCAGAUGUUUAGUACCAACACAUUCAACGAACAAGAAGCAAAAAGUACAUUGGUGGGUCUGGUGAGAGAUUUAAGAGGAAUCGCCUUUGCUUUCAACGCCAAGACCAGCUUCAUGAUGCUCUUUGACUGGAUCUAUCCAGCCUACAUGCCGAUACUGCAAAGAGCUAUCGAACUGUGGUACCAUGACCCAGCUUGCACUACACCUGUUCUUAAGCUAAUGGCAGAGCUGGUUCACAACAGGUCUCAAAGAUUACAAUUUGAUGUAUCAUCUCCCAAUGGAAUCCUCCUUUUUAGGGAAACCAGCAAGAUAAUUACUAUGUAUGGCAAUCGUAUUUUAACACUAGGAGAAGUGCCGAAGGAUCAAGUGUAUGCACUAAAACUCAAAGGAAUCUCUAUCUGCUUCUCCAUGUUAAAAGCCGUGCUAAGUGGCAAUUACGUGAACUUUGGCGUUUUUCGGCUUUACGGGGACGACGCACUAGAUAACGCCUUACAGACGUUUAUUAAGCUCCUCCUAUCAAUCCCUCACAGUGACUUACUGGAUUACCCCAAACUCAGCCAGUCGUACUAUUCCCUGCUGGAAGUUCUCACCCAGGACCACAUGAACUUCAUUGCCAGCCUGGAGCCCCAUGUAAUCAUGUACAUUCUCUCCUCCAUCUCUGAAGGACUCGCGGCACUUGACACAAUGGUAUGCACAGGGUGCUGCUCCAGUUUAGACCAUAUAGUUACAUAUUUAUUUAAGCAGCUGUCACGCAGCACAAAGAAGAGGUCAACCCCAAUGGCACAGGAGAGCGACAGGUUCCUGCACAUCAUGCAACAGCACCCAGAAAUGAUACAGCAGAUGCUGUCAACUGUACUCAAUAUUAUAAUAUUCGAGGACUGCAGAAAUCAGUGGUCAAUGUCUCGUCCAUUGCUUGGUUUGAUUCUGCUAAACGAGAAGUAUUUUGCUGAUUUGAGAAACAGUAUAGUGAACAGCCAACCUCCAGAAAAGCAGCAAGCCAUGCAUUUAUGUUUUGAAAAUCUUAUGGAAGGCAUUGAACGCAACUUACUGACAAAAAACAGAGACAGGUUUACACAGAACCUUUCAGUAUUUAGAAGAGAAGUAAACGACUCCAUGAAGAAUUCGACGUACGGUGUAAACAGCAACGAUAUGAUGAGCUGACAUUCCCCAGAUCCUGUCUGUACAGAGCAGUGUUUCUUUGGCUUGGCUGAGAAGGGACGGGCACGUUUCCAAAGCGUUCACUUCUGAUCUCCAACCCCGCCUUUUUCUCUUAAAGUCGGACUUCAGAGGUCAGGGUGUUAAGCGCUGCUCCGCUACCCAAAGAGGUCAAACCUCUCUCCCUCUUCCCCUUAUUCCUCCCUCCACCCCCCCCCAGAAAAGGGCAGGGUGCUUUUGUUCUUUGGGGUCCACGGACUGAGGUGGAAUAGUGCCCUGCUGUCGCCUGCCUUGUAAAAAUGUGUACAUUUUUUCAUAACAUUUUGAACAAUGUUUAUAAUAAUUUCAAUUUGAAAAAAACAAAAAAAGGAAGAAAAAGUGUGAUUGAAAUUUUUACAGAGUCUAGUAGUUCAACAAUGCUUAAGUGAGGGGUUAUGUAUGUGUGUGAAGAAUAUGAAGAUGAAUAAGGUUUGAUGUUGGAAUUGAGAAUGAGUGAAAUUGGAUAGAGACAUGGGGGGGGGGGGGGGGUGGUGGAGGAGGAGGGAGGGAUUAAAAAAAAAUAAUGCAUUUCAAAAUGUUAACCUGUAGUACCCUUACAGUUGAAGUACAGCUGAAUUUGUUAGGGAGAGCUUCCAUUAACUCAGGCCUUGGACCCUCAAUUCACAUGUCCAUCUGUUUUAACCAGAAGAGAGACUUGAGGGUCUUACUAAAGAUCUUUCUAACAAGAAGUCACUGGUACUUUUAUUUAAAUCUUAAAUACAAAUAAAAAAUAAAUACAAAUCACACUUUGAAUUACUGAAUGCAUAUUUCUGAAAAAGAGAAUUAAGGUAGAUCUAAGAACAAGGAAAGAAUGAUAUUAGCAACUUGUACCAUUCUCCAGAACUGUUGCUGCUAAUUGUUUGUGAAGACUAGCUCACCUCCUAACCAUGUCAACACUCAUGGGUAUUUUUUUUUUUUUUUUUUUUUUUUUGGUUCCCUGAUGUGAAUGUCUGUCUUGGUUGAUUGUGUGUUGGUGGAUCCAUUGAGUGAACAGAUAGCUGGCUGAUUUGUAUGGGUGUCUGCUGCAUAUAGUGUAAGCAUUGUGACUGCAAAUAAACGCUGAUGGUUUGUACUGAAAUUAAA